GUCGAGCCUUGAAGAAUUACACAUGUGUGUUGUUUCUAGAACACUACAGCGAUCGCACAAAAUUCAUUCGUUGUCAACAGCAAUCUCAUUUGCACUGUUUUACUAAGUACGCAAGGUAGUUACCCUUCUUUUGCGUCCAUGGCUCCCGCAAGCUUUGCAGACCAGAACGAGAUAGACGUUGGGCACAAGGUCUUGACAAUCUUAGGAUGUGGAUCUCUUGGUACUGCCAUUCUGUCUGGUAUACUUGCGUCGAGAAAUGCAUCCUCUUCAACAAGCGAGGAUCAGCCUAGUCCAGGCACGACGUUCAAGCGCUUUAUCGCUUGCGUACGUCGCGACGAAGCUGUGGCUGCAGUCAAAGACAAGCUUGCAGCUUACGCGGAUACCUCCAACGUCGAGGUUCUCAAUCGACAAAAUUUGAAGGGAGUCAAGCAAGCAGACACAGUCCUUCUAGCCUGCCAGCCAGAAUGGUAUCAAGCAAUCUUUGACGAACCAGGAAUGCAAAGAGCUAUGGAAGGAAAGCUGAUCGUCAGUGUACUUGCCGGCGUGACGACGCAACUGAUCCAAAGCGCCUUGGGAGGGGACGAAGGGCUGUACUUCGUGGUGCGUGCUAUGCCUAACACGGCUUGUUUCGUGAGAGACUCGACAACGGUGAUCGAGACACCUCAGCCAAAUCUGUCACAAAGUCUGCUUGCUACAGCAGAAUCUAUUUUCCGUUGUGUAGGACAAGUGUCCUACGUAAAGCCGUCGACAUUCAACGUCUGUACGGCAGUCUGCGGGUCAUCUCCCGCAUUCUUCAGUGUGAUUAUCGAUGCGAUGGUGGACGGCGCGGUAGCGAUGGGCUUGAAUCAUGCCGAUGCUCUGCGGAUGGCGGCAUUCACUAUGAGAGGAACCGCUAAUAUGCUUGCCAAUGGGCGAGAUCCCAGGCAGGUACGAUUUGAGGUUGCAUCUCCCGCUGGUUCAACCAUGCAAGGUCUCCUUGCACUUGAGGAGGGUAAAGUGAGGUCAGUGGUUUCCAAUGCAUUGAUAGCAGCGACUACAGCGGCCGCGGGACUGGGUAGCAAGGACCAGAGGUCUUGAUGUAAGCUCGAAUUUGUAGCAGCUAGUGCAAUAGCGGAAGAAUAAGCAUAGGCGGCCAGGCCGGACAACUCUUCCUGUUCUUGCUUUCUCUCUAGCUAAGUAAGGCUAUAAUUCUUGCAUUUUGUUUGUCCUAGUCAUUAUAUACUAGCAACUCUUAUACGCUGUCUGUAGGAAGUUAGAUAGGGC